UGCGCGCUCUGCCUGUGUUGACGUUCCAGAAGUGGGGGCGGAGCUAGCAUCUGACUGCGUCGCAGCUGACCGGCUGGAGUGCGACCUGCCGGGAUUGUCAUAGUAACCGCUGCUGUAGGACCCCGGCGUGGCUGACCAGAGACCCCCAGGAGCCUGAGGUUGUGAUGACUGGUGCUAUCAAUGUGUCUUAUUGAGCUGCUGCUAUAUAUGUGACCUUCAAUGAAAACCAGAUUGUGUGGUCCGAACUCAGACCGUAUGUACACUGACAAUGGUAGAUGUUGGAAAAUGGCCGAUAUUUGCACUUUGCCCUCAAGAAGAUCUGAAAUUUAUCCGAAAGGCUUGUGUGUUUGGUUCUGGAAAUGAAGUAUUAUAUAUCACAAAAAAUGAUGAGGUUUUUGUGAUGGGUACAAACAGCAGUGGCUGUUUGGGAACAGGAGAUGCACUGAGUAUCAUUGAACCUAGGUGUCUUAAUGUUCUCUCAGGGAAGAGGAUAGUUGGUCUGAGCUGUGGAAGUGGCCCUCACGUCGUGAUUGUUACCUCAGAUGGUGAAGUCUAUAGCUGGGGUCAUAAUGCCUACAGCCAGUUGGGCAAUGGAUCUACUAAUCAAUCUUUAAUUCCAUCUCAAGUGUCCACCACCUUAAUAAACAAGAAAGUUGUGAGUGUGGCCUGCGGUUCACAUCACUCCAUGGUGUCCACAUCUGAUGGAGAGGUGUAUGCUUGGGGAUAUAAUAAUUCUGGGCAAGUUGGAUCAGGCUCCACGGCAAAUCAACCAAUUCCUCGAAGAGUAACUAGCUGUCUACAGAAUAAAAUUAUUGUGGGUAUUGCUUGUGGUCAGAUGAGCUCCAUGGCUAUAGUGGACAAUGGUGAGGUUUAUGCGUGGGGCUACAAUGGAAAUGGACAGCUGGGGCUGGGUAGCAGUGGAAACCAGCCAACGCCGUGCAGAAUAGCAGGCCUUCAAGGGAUUCGCGUGGAACAGAUUGUCUGCGGCUAUGCACAUACUCUGGCAUUGACAGAUGAAGGUAUAUUGUAUGCUUGGGGAGCCAACUCUUAUGGCCAGUUGGCGACAGGAAAUAAAAGUAACCAGUCCUACCCUGUCCAAGUAUGUGUGGAUAAAGAAAGAAUAGUGGAAAUUGCGGCUUGCCAUUCAUCCCACACGUCUGCCGCUAAGUCGCAGGGUGGUCAGGUGUUUAUGUGGGGACAGUGUCGAGGACAAGCUGUCAUCUCUCCUCAUCUCACCCACUUCUCUUGCACUGAUGAUGUGUUUGCCUGCUUCUCCACCCCUGCAAUAAUGUGGCGCCUCCUUUCAGUAGAGCCAGAUGAUCACUUGACAGUAGCAGAGUCCCUGAAGAAGGAAUUUGACAAUUCCGAGACCUCGGAUUUGAAGUUCUUAGUGGAUGAAAAAUACAUUCAUGUGCACAAAGUCCUUCUUCAGAUUAGAUGUGAACAUUUUCGUUCAUUCUUACAUGAUAGUAAUGAAGAUGUUAUUGAAAUGAAUCAAUUUUCUUACCCGGUGUAUCACGCCUUCUUAGAAUAUCUGUAUACUGAUAAUAUCAGCAUUUCUCCAGAGGAUGCCAUUGGACUUUUGGAGCUAGCUACAUUGUAUAGAGAAAAUCGACUGAAGCAGCUCUGCCAACAGACCAUAAAACAAGGUAUCUGUGAAGAGAAUGCGGUGGUACUUCUGUCAGCUGCUGUUAAAUAUGAUGCUCAGGACCUAGAAGAGUUCUGCUUCAGAUUUUGCAUAAACCACAUGACCAUGGUUACCCAGACGGACGCCUUUGCUAAUAUGGACAAUGAUCUUCUAAAGAUAUUUAUCAAUAAGGCAAGCAAAGCUGGAGCCUUCAAGAACUGACUGACAUGUUGAAGAUGAUGGUGCUUACUUUAUUUCUGAACCUGAAAUAGAAGCAGUUGGUGUACUUACAUAUUCAUCUGACUGAAAAUGUAUUGGUAUUUGAAGUUGGAUUUCUUGUUAAUAUGUUCCUGUAAUUUAAGAGUGUUUUACAAACUCCAGGAAGUAUGAAACUUAUUUCUCUUUGGAACAAUAAAAAAUUAGUUCAUUUUAAUACUAAUAAUAGUAAUUAUACACAUGGUUUUAUACUUUUGACAAUUUUGGAAGGAUGGCAGUCUUGAUAUACAAUAUGUGAUUGGACUACUCUGCAUUUUAGGGAUUAAUUCAAAUGAGCAUUACGUAGGCAACUGAGCCUCCUGGUUCACUUGAAUAGCAAUAUUGCUUAGUAUGUAAUUUACUGUGCUUCACCCGAUAACAGCAAGCUGAGGUGUCAAGGCAAAAUAAAAAGUUUAAGACCUCUUAAAGGGGCUGUUUCAUCUUAGACAUUGGUGGCAUAUUGCUAGGAUAUGCCACCAAUGUUAGAUAGGUUCGGGUCCCACACCUAUCUCUAGCCAGGGACCUCUGAAAUGAGUGGAAAGUGGCCGCCUUCCAUUACUUUCUAUGGGACUGUGGAAAAUAUCCAAGUGUUGGCUCGCUAUCUUCAGCAGUCUCAUAGAAGUAAAAGGAGAGGUGGCUGCACUUGUACAGUGUGCUCUUAAUUUCUAUUAGACUGAUUGCGCUCACUUGCCUGUUCUUGUAUCUCCCAUAGAAAUAAAUUGAAAGAAUGUGAGGUGUGCUCUCCUUCCCUUUCUGGGGCCCGUUCUGGAGAUAGGUGUGGGUCUCAGAGGUGGUCUCCCACCUAUCUGACUUUGAUGGUAUAUCCUAGCGAUAUGCCAUCAAUGUCUGAGAUGGAAAGCACUAUGUAAUGAUUAAAGGGGUUGUGCCAUCUCUGAUGUUUCCGUUGCUAAGCCCUAAGGGUGUCUUCACGCACUGAAGAUUGUUUUGAAGACAUUUCUACAACUCAAAACCAGUUCAAUAAAAUGAAUAGAGUUCUAUCAGCAAGCACAUGGAUUUCUGCUAGCCCUACUUAGGCUAGGUUCACAUCUGCGUUGUGAACUCUGGCAUUGUAAUCCAGUCGCUGUGUCCCGGUGCACAUGCCAGCUUUCAGCCGAAAAAAAAAAUGCUACAAACAUUUUUUUUGUCUAGCCAAAAGUGACCAUAUAUGCUGGAAAAUGACCAGAUUACCACCAGAUCCCAUUACAGUGAAUGGGGAUUUGGUGGUGCAUGGUUGUAUUCGGCUAUGCUGGAUACGGUGAAUCCUGGCAGUCUUUUCCUCCGCUGGAACAGACAGUCAGAGUUCACAGCGCAGAUGAAUGGAAUUGAUUUUCAGUCACAGAAAUUUGUGCAAAAAAGAAUCUGCCGUGUGAGGACACCCUAAGACCUUAUACACACAAGCAUGUGCACUUUAGUUUACAUUACCAUUAGUGAGUUAGUCCUCCAGACAGGUUUACCAUCAUGAAGUAAUGCAUAGCCCUAUGUAUGUGCAGUUCUCAUAUUUGGGAUGCCAAAUAUGCUUGUGUGCAUGAGGGCCUAGGCAAAGUUUUCAGUGCAGUGGUGACAAUUGUUGUAAUCCACCAUGUUACACAAUGCUCUGCAGUGAACAGUUAAAAGGAUGUGAUACAUACAAUACAGAGUGUGAGGUUUCAUUAAAUUGUGCACUUAUGGUCCAUAGGAUCAGUAUAGGUUACAAAUUUGGGAAGUUCUAUAACAUGCUUAACCACAUGAUUGAAAAGGAGUUUACAUUUAAAGCCCCUGUAUACCAAGAGUCUAGAGAGGAAGAUCACAAAAAAAAAAAUUACAAAAGAUCUGUUUUCUGAAGGUAUUUCAUUUAGCCUCUGUUGGUGGUUCAUGGAGUAGUCAUGAGUAGUUCUGCUUGGGUCUUGCCAACAUCUCACUGUAUGGAUGGCUAGUGUACAGAAGACACACUGCAGGGCUACAAGUUAGUUUCAUAAUAAAACCUGUUGGUCCUACUUCCCACGUUUUGAAGAAGCAAGCUUCUUCCACAGUAGUGUUGUAAUGAUCAUUCUGGGCGGGUGGGUAAACGAAUUGCUUCAUUUCAGAGGGUUAGGGUCCAUUCACACGUCCGCAAUUUCGUUCCGCAUUUCACACGAGCGUGUCCGGAUGCAUCCCGGGGCCUGGCGGCAAACCCGCGCGAGUAGGUACGCAGUGGCAGUCAGUUUUGAC